UGAGCAUGCGCGGAACAGCUUCAUAACACUUUUUGAUAGGUCGCAUGUUUUUUCCGCUUCCGCAUAGUUUCUCAUUCAUUGUUCGUUAACCCCUCUAUGUACAACGUUAACAUCUCUGUGCGGUAGUGACAGCUUUGUUCUCUCCGGCUGGUGGUGUAGUUAUGCUGGCUGGGUUGAUAUACGCGUUGUUAGCCGGAUUGUUUGGUGCUGUCGCUUCCUCAUCUGCAAAGUUAUCACUGGGUGCCAGCUACCUCAGAGAGCUGUGCGACACUGCUGUGAGACAAUGGACAGCUGAGGAGGACAGAUUAACCCCUAGUGUCGACACUACAGCAUGUGAAUGGGUCCACAUUCCUCUGAGACUGUUGUGUGGCCUUCUGCUGUUCAGCUCUAAUGCUGUGAUGUGGACCUUCUUUGCCAAGGCUCUGCGACAUUCCUCGUCUUCGGCUCAGGCUACUGUAACCACUACCGCCUCUAACUUCAUAUCUUCUGCAUUCCUUGGACAUGUGAUCUUUGGAGAAAGCCAUGCCCUGUUGUGGUGGUUUGGCAUCUCGCUCACUUUGUUGGGGCUCUUCAUUUUGCAUGGAUCAUCUCUUAAGGACCAAAAUUUAAAUGUGAAAAAGACAAACUGAUCGCUCAGUUGUGUUAUCUGUGAAAACUGAAACAAUGAUUUCUCAGACAGUGUAACCGAGACUUUGGUAUGCCUACGUCAGGGGAUGUCCAGCUGCUUGUCUAGGUUGUCAGUCUUUAGCAUGGACUUGUGUGGCAGUAAUGAUGCAUCAUAUCAGCAGUGCCAUACUAAAACAAAUGCUGGAAGGGAAACUUCAGGUUAUGACUAUAACCCUAUAUUAUGUUAUGACUAUAGCAUGAGUAUGUUAUCUCACCACACAUUGCUUGUUGUGUAAAGCAACGGUUAGUGGUGUGCUCAUUUUUAAUGAUGUAAAGAGAAAACAUUGUGAAACAGAGAAGUCGACAUGUUGUUCAGGCACUGUGAAACCUUUUAAAUGAAUAGCUGUGUGUGUGAUAUAAAAACACAAGGAGCACACUGUUUUGAAGUAAACUCAUCCUCUUAUAUUAA